AAUGAUAUUACGGAUACGCAGCAAUUGAAGACAACGAAUCAUGGCCACCCGAUCCGAUCGAUUCAGAGAUGCGCCGCAGACAGCUCAAGAGCGGAGAGCAGGCGAAUCGGCUCUCUCCGAUUUCGCCGACUACGUCCAACAACAACAAGCUCUACGCAAGCAUCCACUCGCUCCCCCAGCUCCCGCGACCGCCACCGCAAAGACCGAGCACGCCGAACUCGAUAUCCUUGACACUCUCGAUCUUGCCGACGAUAAGCCCAAAGUCCGGCUAAAACAGCUUCUCCUCGACGAAGCCGCCGACACGAAAGAGCAGUCCAUCACUCAACUACAGACUCUCAUUGCCACACGGUGUGACGAAGGCCAUGGCGAGUGCCUCUUCGAUGUCGGCUUGGAAGACAAUGGCGACAGUCUGAACCUUACCACUGAUGAGUGGGAAGCUGCGCUCUCGCGGCUGAAAGUGGUCUUGGAGAAGCUCAAAGCAGACUGGAAAGUGUUGAUGACGAAGAACGUACCAGACAGUGCGGUCGAUGUUGGAAACGCUCUCAAAAAGGAGAAUGGAUGCGUAGGGAAAUUGAUGAUCAGACGGAGACCGCAAGAGAUCGACGAUGCCAUUGAGACUCGAAUAGCAGUGGUUGGGAAUGUGGAUGCCGGAAAGAGCACACUCCUGGGUGUGUUGGUGAAGGGCGGACUGGACGAUGGUCGCGGUAAAGCUCGAGUCAACCUAUUCCGGCAUAAGCAUGAGGUGGAGUCUGGAAGGACAUCGAGUGUAGGCAUGGAGAUUAUGGGUUUCGACACGAAGGGUGAGGUGGUGGUAUCCGGCGUGCCUGGGAGGAAGCUGAGCUGGGAGGAGAUUGGCAAGAGGAGUGCAAAAGUCAUCUCGUUCACAGAUCUGGCGGGACACGAGCGGUAUCUACGGACAACUGUCUUUGGGCUGCUAUCGAGCGAGCCGAAUUACUGCCUACUGAUGGUCGCGGCGAACAAUGGCCUCAUUGGAAUGUCGAAAGAACAUCUGGGCAUCGCUCUUGCUCUCAAUGUUCCAGUCAUGGUCGUAGUGACCAAAAUCGACAUCUGCCCACCUCAGAUCCUGCAACAAACCCUCACACAGCUUACCAAAAUUCUCAAGUCUCCCGGGGCUCGCAAAAUCCCAAUCUUCAUCAAGUCCCGCGAGGAAUGCGUCAAUACGGCUACUCAGUUCGUCAGUCAACGCAUCUGUCCGAUCUUUCAAGUCUCCAACGUGACCGGCGAGUCUCUCGACUUGGUCCGCGAGUUCCUCAACAUCCUACCUCACCACGGCAAAUACGAUGCAACCGCUCCCUUUGAGUUCCAUAUCAAUGACACCUUCUCCGUUCCCUUCGUCGGCACCGUCGUCUCGGGAGUCGUCAAGUCUGGUCUCGUACAUGCCGGUGACUCUGUCCUCGUCGGUCCCGACUCCCUCGGCCAGUUCACCACCACAACCAUUCGCUCCAUCGAACGAAAACGCAUUCCCGUUCCCGCUUGCUCGGCAGGACAAUCCGCCUCGUUCGCUCUACGGCGUGUCCGUCGCAAAGAUGUUCGCAAGGGCAUGGUCGUUUUGCUCGGCAAGUCCGCCGACCCAUCAAAUCCCAACUCUACCACACUUGUCCCCGCCAUCCAACCCAAAGUUCACCGCGAGUUCGUGGCUGAGGUCCUCAUCCUUUCUCACGCUACCACUAUCCGGAACAAAUACCAAGCAAUGCUGCACGUCGGUCCGAUUUCGCAGACCUGCGCCAUCAUAGACAUCGAUCGAGCGUACAUCCGGACAGGAGAUCGUGCGACAGUGGCGUUCAGGUUCGUGCAGAGGCCAGAGUACCUCAGUGUAGGGGAGAGGAUACUGUUCCGAGAAGGAAGGACGAAAGGUCUGGGAAUUGUAAAGGCGGUGGGGUAUGAUCCGUCAAAACCGUUGAACCCGGAUGGAUUGAAGGAGGGUGAGAAUGGGGAGAGCGAGAAGGUGGCGAAUGUAGAGAGCGGAGAGAAUGGAGAGAAGGCCAAGGUGUGAGGUGUACUUUUCCACGCCGACCUCACGGUGCCUUCCUCGACUUUC